AUGCUAUAUACGGAAUGGAAUGAAACCCUCUAUGAGCUUGCUAAGCAAGAUCUCACUCAACCGUUACCAUCGGCCAUGUUGCAAGGUUAUGAAGGAGCGAAUCUCUGGAACUAUUUCGAAAAGAGUAAUAGUCAAACAAUGAAAAAAAAGGUGAAGUCGACUAUGCAAAAGAAGAAGAAUCGUCAAUAUCUGACAAGAGCGAUAAAUGGUCUAGAAGGUGAAAGCGCGAAGUUUGGAUGCUACUGCGAUUACGGAAACGGAACAGGUCGCGACGACAUGCAGAUUCAGUGUUACUUCAAAUGA